AAGCCGGAGCAGACCUCGUGGUGGACUAUCCGCUCGGCUCCGUUCGGCUCGGCCAUAUUGGAAUCUUGGAUGUCUCCGCCGCACGGGGGCUCGAGAGCAGCCGUAAGUUCUUCGCACAGUCCUCGAGGCAGGGAGGAUUAAGGAGUGCACCAUGGAGUACAGCAUCACCGUGACCAACAAGUUCUUGCUUGCCCUCGACGAGGACGAGGACCCUCUCGAGGUGCUCAAGGUCCGUGAGCAGGAGAAGGAGGCGCGCAAGAAGGAGAAGCUCUCCGAGAAGGAGAACAAGAGCAAACUGCCUGAGGCCCAGAAGCAGGCUGCCGAUAAAAAAGCCCAGAAGAACCGCGUCAUCAAGGAUACUCAGCAGCAGCCCUCGAAAAUCCAGGAAGCUAAGAAGGAGCAAGUCGAAAAGAAACCUUCUACGCCAAGAGCUGCUGGCGGAGAACGCAACGUUAAAUUCUCUGGUGAAUCCAGGGAAGAACACAAUAACAGGCGUAAUCGUGAAGAUGGAGAGAGACCUCCUCGAGGACAAGGGGGAGAAUUGAGACGAGGACCUUCUGGAGAAGGCCGGGAUACUCGCGAGUUUCGAGGCUCUGGGGACACUCUUCGUGGAGAAUUCGGUGAACGUCGGGGUCGUGGAGGACCUCGGGGAGCUGGAGGAAGAGGCCGCGGUGGACCUCGCGGACGCGGUGGGUUUGACAAUCGUGGAAAACGAGAAUUCGACCGUCAAUCAGGAUCGGAUAAAACGCAUGGUUACAGCGGGAUCAAGCCGGUGGACAAGAAGGAUGGCGCUGGCAGCCACAACUGGGGAACUCACAAUGACGAGAUCGAAGAAAGUCUGAAUCAAGACAACCAGGACUGGGCAAACGAGAAGCCAGAGGGCGGCGAGGCUCCGCCGGCCCCUGCCGAGGGCAAGGAAGGCGAGACCGCCCCCGCUGAAACGACCGCCGAGGAAAAACCUGCCGAGGAGGAGUCUCGCGUGCUUACUCUGGACGAAUGGAGGGCUCUGCAGAACAACCGUGCGAAGCCGCAGUACAACCUGCGCAAAGCCGGCGAGGGAGAGGAUCUCUCCCGCUGGAAGAAAAUGUACGCUCUCGAGAAAAAGAAGGAGGGCGCCGAAGAGGAAGACGAGGAGGAGGAGGACUACGACGUGGCCGCGGAGUAUCCGCAGCGCGUCGGCAGACAGAAGCGCGUCCUCGACAUCGAGUUCCAGUUCAGCGACUCGCGACGUGGUUCCGGCGGCCGCGGUAGCCGGGGAGGGCGCGGCGGUCGCGGCGAGCGCGCUAACAGCCGUGGCUUUGGAAACCGCGGCCCCCCCAGGGAAGGCGACCCGCGGGCCACCCCCUCGGCCGUACAGACGGAGCAGAGGUCGCCGCGAGGACGUCAGAACGCCCCGAAGGUUGACGACGAGCACGACUUCCCUUCCCUGGGAUAAGCAAGAGGGUAGUCCAGGUGAGACUGUACAGUCCUGCUAAUGUUAUCACCGCCGACAGUCUAUCAUCGAUAAGAACCGUUAUUGAUGCAUAAUACAGUACACCUUUGCAAAUAAUACGUAACACGGAGACGGACACCGAGCAAAAAGAGAAAAAAAACGUAAAGAUAAAAGAAAAGAGAGAAGAUAAAAACUCGCGAGGGCGCGGGAGGGCGCCAUAUUAAUAAGGAUCAAUAAAUAUGACGUGACCACACGAGUGAACCAUCAGAAACGAUCUCUCGUACUUGUCGGAGCAUGGAAAAAAUGUUAGGCAGUAGUUUCUAAAGGUAAACUAGUCCACGAGAGAGAGCGAUGGGGGAAAGAGACGAGGAACGCCAGUACGCACCCGGUGCUGGGCAAAACGAUGUAGUUGGAAAUAAUCGAAAUACCGAUUUCGAUGACCUAUUUCACGUGGGAGGUGCUUAGGCAAGUAUUUCGAAGACGUCUCGUUUCCUCGCGAGAUGAUUACCGAGGUUUCUCCUUGAAAUUACGCCUUUACAGGGGGUCGUUGAGAGAGACUAUUCCAUCUCUCUGUGAGCAUUUAUUCCUUUUUUUACGUAUGUAUCGAGGUUCGUUUUAAGAUUGGUCGUAUGUAUCUGCAAUUUGCUUAGUUUUCACCCAUUUCCUCCGCGUGAAAGACGCAUGCCAGCUUUUAGGAGCGCUCAACCUCUCGUGUCAAAUAGUUUCCCUCGAAAAUGGGGCCCAGCACCGGAACUGGCCUGUGCGUAGAUAGAGGGAAAGUGAAAAAGAUGCAAGGAGCGCGGAGCGAACGAAUACGCAGAUCAACGUGUAAGAGCGACCGAACAAGAAGGAUAUCGUGGUUGCUCAAAGUAACUACGACCGCGAUACGCGUUAACACCUCGGAUAGUCAAAUUAAAUUAAAGAUACUGAAGAACCGAAGAAAGAAAAAAAAGAAACACUAUAUUUUCCAAUAGGAAAGUGUCAUUAUUUAAGAACGAUAUGCAGCGUAGCUGGGAAAGAAAGAAAGAGCGAGAGGAAGAAAGAGUACGUGUGUGCGUGAGUGAGAGAAAAAUUUUACCAGGUUCCAAGAGAUAGGAAGAAAAAGGGGAGGGGGGGAAAUAAUAAAAACCGAGGUUCCCUUAUCAAUUUUAAUUUUAAUAUCAUAUCUAUGGCCUAAAGAGGCUCGACCCUGUAUACGUCUCGGACGCGUGCAUAGUACUUCUCUUUAGGCACGUUAAUUUGAAAAAGCGAGAGAGAGAAAGAGAGAUAUCCACUGCGUCUUGUAAUACUUCGGCAUGGUGUUUAGGACCGGCCUUCCUCCUAAGGAGUUAAUAUCACGAGAAGAGAAAAAUCCAAGUCUAUUGUCCCUCGGCUUUCGGAUCACCCGCGAUUUUGGCUACGACGGUGACGAAGACGACGCCUAGAGAUACACCAAGAGGAGGCGAGCAAUGACGCCGGAAGGCAAGGUCUGAUAUCGGAUACCUGCGAACGCUCCGCUAUGAGCUUGUAAGAAUUAUGGAAGGUUUAGGGGGCGGUCAUUUUUUGUCUCGUUUCUCUUCCUUUUAUUUUUUUUACCGUCCGAGGUCGCCGACGACUCAGUUUCUUGCGUAACCUUUGGAAUGGGGAGCAGGGAACCGCUCGGAACUCUGUCGUAGGUAUUCCGGGCCGAAGAAAUCCUCCUACCGAGAAAAUUGUAUCGCAUCGACUAGCGUUCGGUACAAUGAAAGAAUGUCUUGGUCGUCUCCUAAGAACGUACAAUUUUCUCGGUCGAAAAUAAUUCGGUCUGGCCUUGCAUUUAGAAAGUCCUGGGACGGUUCUCUUCUAAGGGAACUUGGAGCAAUGGCGAGAAACUGUAACGUCGGUAAGCCCGCGUGGUAAAACAGUCAUCUUUGCGAAACCCCAUAAGAAACGACGAAAGCAAAUAGCGAGAGCGAAUCGGAGAACGUUCUCUUAAGCGCCCGAAUGCUCCGGGACGAGUUUGUAACGAUUAAUGCAACCCCCAAGCUCGACAGCGAUAUCUCAGAAAGCAGUUUUUACGCAUACGUUUGUACGGACACGCAGCUCGAGCGAACCAGUGAGAGAAAAAUGUACUAAACGGGGGAAAGGGAGAGCCUCCGUACCCCGCGAAUUCAGUCCGAUAUAUAUGAUUACACGUUAUACCGUGAUUAUACAAUUACUUAUUGUCACCGAUCGCCACUCCUUUUUUCAUUAUAAAACCGCUAUAUUGAUUAUCUACUACGUUUGUUAUAUACGUUAAAUACGAGUCUGCCAAAUGAAUUCCGCAUACCCGCUCCACCCUACAGUGAAAAGCAGAUGUUACGAUACUAUUUGAAUCUUAGGUAUAUGUGUAAAUAACAUGAUAUUUACAGAAUAAAUUGUGACAAGACUAAACGAGA